AGCCUUGAGCCCCUAGACGCAGGGGCAGAUCUAGCGGGGAGGGAUGAGGCAGGAAUGGGGGACUAGGAGCAGGGCUACCACAGGCCUUACUGGGGACCUCCUCCCACCCAGGCAUGGCUAAAUAGAGUGACCAGCAGUCCCCAGCUGCCCGGGGAUGGAAUGGGCUGUAAGGACACUUGGGCAAAUGCUAUCCUGCCCGAGGUCCUGAAAUCACCCUCUGCAGUCUCCCUUGUACCCCAAGACCAGCCUGAGGAUGCUGGAGGAGGGUGGAAGAGGAAGAGAGUAUGUGUCAGGACUCUGAGGUGUGGAAUGGACCCAAAGGCCAUCUGCCCAAGACCCUGAUGACUGGCAACAAAAACUCCAUGCACUAGAGGCUGUGUUUCACUUCCAGCAUCCCACUCCACAGGUACCACAUGCCCAGCUACCGAUGCCUCUGACCUCGCCAAUGACCCAGGUAACCUUUGUGGAAACAGCAGUGCCAUUACUAACUUAGAGUCUAAAAGCAUCAGAUCCCUAACAGAAUGGAGCCUGAUAACAUCUAAAGAUGGAAGAAGGAAAAUCCUGCUGCAAGCCUCCUUAUAAACACCCACAUGCAUCUCUGACUAUCCUGAGGCUCAUUUCCACCACCACUACCAUUGUCAGUGUUCUGAAGUCCAGGAUCCUUCCAUUUCCAGGCAAGAAUUCACCCUUGGUGUCACCUCAGUCAAGGAGUCAGUUGGAGAAUUGGCUGCCCUCUGCUCUUGAGCACAGGAUCUCUGUAGCUCUGGACCCCCUGGCAGGACUGAAGCAGGAGCAGAGUGGAGGCUGUUACCAAGACCAGACCAUCAUCACCCCUGGAGCCUGCAGGGGUCUCAGAAGCUGAGACCUCCCACUGAAGCUCCCACCUCAUUUCCUCCACACAGAGCCAGCCCCCAAGCUGGAAAAGGAGCUCCUAGAAGGAACUUCCCUUCCCAGGCUUCCCAGCUGGAGUCUCAUCCUUCUGAGGAGGGUCAGCCUGGAGCAUGCAUCAGGACGGGAUCAGCAGCAUGAACCAGCUGGGGGGACUCUUUGUGAAUGGCCGGCCCCUGCCUCUGGAUACCCGGCAGCAGAUUGUGCGGCUAGCAGUCAGUGGAAUGCGGCCCUGUGACAUCUCACGGAGCCUUAAGGUAUCUAACGGCUGUGUGAGCAAGAUCCUAGGGCGUUACUACCGCACAGGUGUCUUGGAGCCUAAGGGCAUUGGGGGAAGCAAGCCACGGCUGGCUACACCCCCUGUGGUGGCUCGAAUUGCCCAGCUGAAGGGUGAGUGUCCAGCCCUCUUUGCCUGGGAAAUCCAACGCCAGCUUUGUGCUGAAGGGCUUUGCACCCAGGACAAGACUCCCAGUGUCUCCUCCAUCAACCGAGUCCUGCGGGCAUUACAGGAGGACCAGGGACUACUGUGGACACAGCUCAGGUCACCAGCUGUUUUGGCUCCAGCUCUCCUCACUCCCCAUAGUGGUUCUGAGACUCCCCGGGGUCCCCACCCAGGGACCGGCCACCGGAAUCGGACUAUCUUCUCCCCAAGCCAAGCAGAGGCACUGGAGAAAGAGUUCCAGCGUGGGCAGUAUCCUGAUUCAGUGGCCCGUGGAAAGCUGGCUGCUGCCACCUCUCUGCCUGAGGACACGGUAAGGGUCUGGUUUUCCAACAGAAGAGCCAAAUGGCGUCGGCAAGAGAAGCUCAAGUGGGAAAUGCAGCUGCCAGGUGCUUCCCAGGGGCUGACUGUACCAAGGGUUGCCCCAGGAAUCAUCUCUGCACAGCAGUCCCCUGGCAGUGUGCCCACAGCAGCCCUGCCUGCCUUGGAACCACUGGGUCCCUCCUGCUAUCAGCUGUGCUGGGCAACAGCACCAGAAAGGUGUCUGAGUGACACCCCACCUAAAGCCUGUCUCAAGCCCUGCUGGGGCCACUCGCCCCCACAGCCGAAUUCCCCGGACUCACGACUGCUUUGCCUUCCUUGCCCUUCCUCCCACUGUCCCCUGGCCAGUCUUAGUGGCUCUCAGGCCCUGCUCUGGCCUGGCUGCCCACUACUGUAUGGCUUGGAAUAAGGCAGGAGUGGGAAGGAGAUGGCAUAGGGAGGAUCUAAUACCAUCCUGCCCAUUGUCCUUACUGUCCUGCCCAUACAGACUGUGGCUCCUUCCUCCUUCCUGUGAUUGCUCCCUCCUGUGUGGACCUUGCCUGGCCCUGCCUCGACGCCUCUCCGGCACAUCACCUGAUUGGAGGGGCUGGUAAAGCAACACCCACUCACUUCUCACACUGGCCUUAAGAGGCCUCCACUCAGCAGUAAUAAAAGCAGUUUUUAUUA